UGCAAAUGUAUCACUCCCAUUUUGGUAGAACGGGUCCUGGAGCGAGGCUUGGAAAACAUCCCAACUUCAAAAACUUGAUCCUUUUGGAUAAUUGCUAGCUGGGGCAUACUUCUGGAUCUCAUGGCAUAUUUUAAAGCCAUGUUUGGUGCUGCAGUUCUUUUGGGAUUCAUCAACCUUUUAAUGGCAAAAGAAGAUACGUGUGAUCUCUAUGCCACUCCUGGGCAGAGUCUGACUCUGCCGUUUGCCUAUGAACGACUGACAAACUCUCAUAUCCUGGAAUGGGUUCACAACAAUAAAACCAUUUUCUACAGGAAAGGAAAAGUGUCACCUGGAAAACCAGAGGACAUUACUUCAAAUGGAUCACUCGUGCUUAAGAAAAUUGAGCUUUCAAGUCAAGGGAUUUACCAAGUACAUGUACUGCACCCCAGUGGUACAUCUGCUAAAACAUGGACUGGGCGCCUCUGCGUGCUGGACAAAGUAUCAAAACCUCAGCUCAGUUAUACUUGUGACUUCAGCUCUAUGGCUGUUAAUCUUAAUUGCCACGUUACCAAACCUGAGGGUUUGGUGUUUUCAUGGACGCUCGAUAAGGAGACGUUAAAAAGUGAAACAAAACAAACACUGAGCAUAUCUCUUAACCAUCUGAAAGGUGAGAGAAGUUUCACAUGUGAUGUGGCAAACAAAGUGAGCAAGGCGAGUAGCGACAAGGUUCGGCCAACUUGUCCACCUUUACUUUCUUUUAAACGUCAAACUGUUAUGGCAGUGCUAGCAGGAGGAGGAGGUCUGAUUCUUUUUCUGCUCUUCGUUAUCGUUGGAUUGUGUUGUUUACUCAGACGCAACAAAAGCCAAACGAGUCCCAGGGAUAAAGGCGAACUGAGGAUGCUUUCUCUACAGAAGCAGGAGACUCACUCUGUAAGUCCAGAGCACGAGAAUAACCACCCAACAGAGGUUGUCACUCCACCGCUGAAACCACAGCCUUCACCAAGAACAUAUUACCAGAAUGUUCCUCAGCUUGAAGUUCAGACUGAAAACAGCCCUCCACGGGUGCACGAAGUUCCUGACAGACCACAACCUUCACCUGUGCCGAAACCAAGGACCAGGAACUUCCAACAAGUAAACACCUGACAUCACAAUGAGUUUUUGGAGUUGUGACCAAAAAUAAUGUUUGUGGAAAAUGUCCUUAUUAUCUUUGCUCACACUCAUUGUCACUAUUAUUUACAUGUCGAGUAUAUUCAUGUUUUGGUUUUGCAGGUCUUUAAGCUAAAACUUAAAAUAACACGAUAUUUAUUUCCUUUUCAAUUCCAUGUUAUGUGAUUAAAUCAAUGUGUCAUUCAUUACUGACAGUCUUAGCUGUUAUAUCAUGAAUGAUCUAAUUCCAGAGGUAAUUCAGUCUGACGAUGUAAGCAACUAGUCAUAAUUGACAUCAUAGAAAUGAUGCAUAAUGCUUGUAAUAUUCUGUAAUCGUCUUGCUGUUAGGCACUCCCACAAAAAGGUACUUCAAGCUUACUAAAUCAUUUUAGAAAACAGUUUUUUUUAGAUUUAUCUAACAGAAGUAAAGUGUUGGGACUUACACAGUAUUUAUGUAUGUAUUUUUCUUUAGCAAAGCAGGAAUAGCAACUGUUCUAUUAAUAGAUCUAGGACAAAAGUGGUUUAUAUCAGCAUUAGGAUACACAGACAGUAAUUACUAACAUGAAAUCAUCCACUGGUUUUAUCUUUGAAAUGAGGAGAACAUUGCCAGGCUUUUUGUUUUUUCAUGAAUAUUAUAAGCUGUGGCAUGAGAUUUAUUAUUAUUAGGCUUUAGAAAUUAUUUCAACAAGAGGAAUGACCUCUUCUGUCAAAGAAAUGAUCAGUCACCAUUUGACCUACUUCUGAAAUCUUGUUUAAAAAAUACCCCACUCACACAAUAAUCUUACAUGUAAUCACAAUGUGUGCUUACAAACAGUAUAUGUUGUUUGAAAUAAAUAAAGCUGUCAAAAUGAUCUUGUACCACAUAUUUGCAUGGAAAACUACAUUAAACAGCUUAUCUGUGUCAAACACA